CAUUCAGGACGCCGCCUCCACAGUUUAGGCCAGCUGGAACUAUGCUGCGAAUAUCUGUCCUCAGGCUGCUGGGACGCACGGGGGCUGGCAGGGUCUCUCUCCUGGAGAGUUCCGGGCCACGCCACUACGGUUCAGGCUCUCAGUGUGCCUACGAUGACGCUCGGGACACACGCGCCUACUUCACCACACCCAUUUUCUAUGUGAACGCGGCGCCGCACAUCGGACACUUGUACUCGGCGCUCCUUGCGGACGCCCUAUGCCGCCACCGUCGCCUCCGAGUUCCCGGAACCACCGCAACGCGAUUCUCCACCGGCACCGACGAGCACGGCCUGAAGAUUCAACAGGCGGCAGCCACUGCGGGCGUGGCCCCUAUUGAGCUGUGCGAUCGAGUCUCUGCCCAGUUUCAGCAACUUUUCCAGGAAGCUGGCAUCUCCUCCACCGACUUCAUCCGCACCACGGAGGCCCGGCACCGGGUGGCCGUGCAGCACUUCUGGCGGGUGCUGAAGUCCCGGGGUCUGCUCUACAAGGGGCUUUAUGAAGGUUGGUAUUGCGCCUCUGACGAGUGCUUCCUUCCUGAGGCCAAGGUCACCCGGCAGCCGGGCCCGUCGGGGGAUUCGUGUCCUGUAUCUCUCGAGAGCGGACAUCCUGUCUCCUGGACCAAGGAAGAAAACUAUAUUUUCAGGCUUUCUCAGUUCCGGGAGCCACUACAGCGGUGGCUGCGAAGCAACCCUCAGGCCAUCACCCCGGAGCCGUUCUAUCACACAGUCCUUCAAUGGUUGGAGGAGGAGCUACCGGAUCUGUCCGUUUCUCGUAGGAGUAGCCACCUGCACUGGGGCAUUCCAGUUCCCGGGGACGAUUCACAGACCAUCUACGUAUGGCUGGAUGCCCUGGUCAACUACCUCACCAUAAUUGGCUACCCCAAUGUUGAGUUCAAAUCUUGGUGGCCAACCGCAUCUCAUAUAAUAGGUAAGGACAUUCUCAAAUUUCAUGCCAUCUAUUGGCCUGCCCUCCUAUUAGGCGCCGGAUUGAGCCCACCACAUCGUAUCUAUGUCCACUCCCACUGGACAGUAUGUGGCCAAAAGAUGUCCAAGAGCUUGGGCAACGUGGUGGAUCCCAGGACUUGUCUUGAUCGCUAUACCGUGGAUGGCUUCCGCUAUUUUCUUCUUCGGCAGGGCGUUCCCAGCUGGGACUGUGACUACUACGAUGAGAAGGUGGUUAAGUUGCUGGAUUCUGAGCUGGCAGAUGCCUUAGGAGGCCUUUUGAACCGAUGCACUGCUAAAAGAAUAAACCCUUCUGGGACCUACCCAGCCUUUUGCACUACCUGCUUCCCCAGUGAGCCAGGGUUGGUGGGACCAUCAGUUCGUGCUCAGGCAGAAGAUUAUGCUCUCGUGAGUGCAAUGGCGACUUUGCCCAAGCAAGUAGCAGACUACUAUGAUAACUUUCAGAUAUAUAAGGCUUUGGAGGCAGUGUCCAGCUGUGUUCGGCAAACUAAUGGUUUUGUCCAAAGGCAUGCACCAUGGAAAUUGAACUGGGAGAGCCCAGCGGAUGCUCGCUGGCUGGGUACUGUGCUUCAUGUGGCUUUGGAAUGUUUGCGAGUCUUUGCAACUUUGCUUCAGCCUGUUACCCCAAACCUAGCUGACAAGCUGCUGUCCAGGCUGGGGGUCUCUGCCACAGAGAGAGGUCUUGGAGAACUCUAUUUCUUGCCUCGAUUCUAUGGACAUCCAUGUCCUUUUGAAGGGAGGAGGCUGGGACCUGAAACUGGGCUUUUGUUUCCAAGACUGGACCAGUCCAGAGCUUGGCUGGUGAAAGCUCACAGGACAUAAAAACUCAUUUCUUACUGGCUGUGGUAAAAGCAAUAUGUUAUUUUAUUUUCAUUUCCAGGAAGGUUAUGCUAGUGUCUUCUGAAAUAUUGCAUCAGAUGAGCACAUAGGCCAUGUGCCUGUGAACAGAGGUUUAGAACCUUUCAGGUGACUACCCCUUUCCCUCUUCUUCAUUUAUCCAUGCCCAUCAACCACUGUCUUUUGUGCACCAAUAUGUGUUAAGGUGUCUCCAGGGGAAAGAUGGGUAAGAGACAAAAUUGCUGAUAUUAUUUUUCCCAUUAUACCUCCUCCUAAACCAGUUAUGUUAUUUGCCAAACUACCUCUCAUUACUUCUGCUUCUCAGGCCAAUUAGUACAGUGACUCCUUUUAUUGAGAGAGCAGUUGGAGGCUCCCAGCCUCAGCUUUUAUAGGCUAGCCUACUUUUUGAACAUAUUAGGUCUCCAGAUUCUUUUAAAAACUAGAUGAUUUCCCCCCAUACUCCUUCCCAUUAUUUAAAUUCCUUUAACUAGAACCCCCUACUUGUACAACAGUUGUGUUUUGUAACAUUACAGUUUAACCAGUAGAUGGCUCUGGUCUCACAUCUAAUUACUUAAGAUUGAGAUUUCAGAAUAUUUAGAAUAAGUUUUAUGCUAAUUUCACCCAGCUUUAAACUUUUAUGCUUUUCCUGAUGAUGAGAUAAAGGAUUUUUUUUUUUUUUUUUUGUGGUGUUGGGGAGUAAACCAGGCCCUUGUGCACACUACUAGCACUCUACCACUGAGAUCCCUAGCCCUUGACUUUCUUAAAACAAGAGAUAACUAUUUGCAACCACUGCUGUUUUAAUAGC